AAGUUGAGUUCAUGCCAUGCGCGCUCCGUGGUUCACGUGGUGCACGCGCACGGUUCACGCGCAUAGUAGAACGCGAAAUAUAGAAGCAGAAGUAAGGAAAAACAAGGGAAUAAAUCAGUUAAAUCAGGAGCGGAACUCCAAAAUGGAAAAUCACUCGGAUGGAAUUACAUCAUCACCAGUAGAAAAAUCCAAAGCUUUAGAAGAGUGGUUAUUCAGCUUACUUGGUGAUGAUGUGCAAGUGUAUGAGAACGACGAGACUUCAAUCAGGGUGCUUUCCAAGUUGAUGGAAAUGAACAAAGAGCGGGACCGUGAAGCUAAAGAAGAAAUUUUACGUAAUAAAGAAGUGACAAAUGUGGUCAACCAAGAAGUGGAUGUACUCUCUGGCCAUCUGUCUUCUGCGGGUAUUAAGCCUUCAUAUUUGCCAAGAAGCUUGCGUUGCCAUCUUCAAGCUCUAGGGAGCGUUGCAUGCCUUGGAAGCAGCAAUGAUGUGUCACUUGAAAGCUGCCGCUCGACUGUAACAGAAUUGCAGCAGCAAAUGUCUGAAAUUCGUGACCUUGUAGAUGCUAAAACGAAAGAAGUAAGCGACUUACGAGAAAGACUAGGGGCACAAGGAAAGAAGUUACAAGCUGUAGCAGACUCCGCACCUUGCAAGUACAAGGAAUUUGAGGCCAGGCAGCAGCAGCACAUGAAAAAUAUGCGCUUUUAUCACGCCAAGCAACUGGAAUAUGAGAAGAAACGUGAUCGUCUACAUAAAAGAGAAGUUGAUGGAGCGUUCACCCAUGAAGAAAUAGUUGCUUGUCAUCGUAACUUGGAAGAUCUUCUUAGGGAACAGGAAGCUCUUCAAGAACAAUUGAAGCACUAUCACGGUUUGCAGCCUGAUGAAGCAACCAUAUUACACAUGCUUGAGCAGAAAAGGAUUGAACGAGACACCUUGGAGAAGGAACUGCAAGGGAAAAUUUCUCUGGACGUUGUGGAAUAAACCUUUACUUCUCUGCCAUA